CUCAUUCUCGUGCAUUUCCGUUCUUGUUCUUGUUCUUCUUGUUCUUUCAUACCUUCGCACCCAGUCUUUCAUUCUUUUUCGAUUGUCAGUCUCUCAUUUACCUUGACGAGAGGUACUGAGUAGAAGUACCAGAUACCAGGCACAAUACCUGUCAAGGUACUUUUCAGAGUAUAUUGCUACAUCCACCGAACCUAAUCGACCCUGACACCAGCUGAUAACCGCCACACAUACCAACUCGAGUACAUCAACCCGCUGCCAAGAUGAUCCCUGCUUGUUAAAGUCCCACCCCCUCCUCUUCCUCGAGGCAUGUGUGUGCAUCGGCUGGGCCGUCAUCUUCACAGUUAAAAAGAAAAUCACAUGUCAACCGCCCCCAACUUCUACUAUUCGCAGGGAAAUCCCGCCUUCCCUCUGGACAUGUCUAUAUCCCCACGCCCGGGCCCAGGCCCAGAGCAAACGUAUAUCUCACCCGGAGUGAGCAGCAAGCCCGCCCCUACGACUACUAUCAAAGAUUACCCGACACUGGAGGUCACCGAGAUAAGCCUAUCGCCGUGUAUGGAUGCCCAUGCGUUGGAGGAUCGCAGCAGCAGCAUCGCCGCGCCACCCAAAAGAAGACGAACCCCGUCCCCGUCGUCUCCUGCAGCAACAACCACAAGCACAUCGUCGUCGUCUUCUUCUUUUUCUUCUUCUUCGACAUCCCGUCACCGCAAGAGCAGUCUCCGCAGCCGCCACAGCAGCUCUCAUUACUCGCAGCACCGUCGCACCGCCACCACGGUCUCCAUCACCCCCAUCACCGACCAGACCACCCGCAGAGAGGAUCUCCUAGCCCUGCAUCGGGAAUCCUGUCGACUGUUUCAGCAGGAGGAACAACCGACACCCCCUUUGACCCCGCGCAAUCAGCGCUCCCCCAGUACCAGUACCAGCUCCAACGUGACGGCGACCAUCAGCAACACUAAUACCAACACCAACGCAAGGAACGGCGGCAAGUACUCGCCGAUCUCAAUCCACGAAGUGCACAAGACUCCCGUCCGCGCAUCCACGCUCCCGGUAUGGGACUAUACCGAUGAAGUCACGACAACGACGACGACCGUGACCGUGAUCGACUGGACCUCGCCGUCCACGCGCCGACGGGAGUACGAGAAGAUCGACAAGGCGAGCAGCGGGAUGCGGGGGUUCUGGCGGCGCGUGGCCCCGAAAUGGUGUCAGUCGCGGGCUCGGCGGAUGCCAUUUUUCGAGGAAAAGGAUGGGAAGGGGAAUUACGAGGGGAGUGUGCGACGGUUCCGAAUGGAUAUUCCGGAGUGAGCGGCCAGGUUGUUGAGCACAUCUAGCCCCCUUUUUUUUUUUGUUUUUGUUUUCAUCUUGAUACCCAUACCAUAGAUUGUCAAUCGUUACUUUUGCUUGGUUUAUCGUAUCUUACAUCACAUCACAUCACAUCACCUGCAGUUGGUUUUACAUGAAAACUGUCUUAGGAUUAUAUUUUAUACAGCUAGACUGACCGAAUCAAUCAUAUU